AUGCGAGAGACGAAUAUGUCUGCAUCUACCUAUGUUAAGCACUAUGAUAGAACAUGGGAGAACCUGAUGAAGAAGCAGCAGCGCUUUCCACUGGAGGAGUACGGCGAUCGAAAUGUGCUGACGACAUGGACCGUGUCCUACGAGCAGGUCCGAAAACAAAGCGAGGAGGCUGCGUGGCUGCUCAAGCUCUGGGGAUUUCUGGACUGCGGAGAACUUUGGUAUGAGCUAGUUGCAUCCGCUAAAGAUUUAAAAGAAGAAAUGGAUAUUCCAGCAUGGUUGCUUAGGAUUGCUGAAGACGAGCUGGAAUUCGCCGAUGCAGUA